AUGACCGUGGGGAGGCCUGCGGGAGCGCCCGGUGACUCGGAGUGGAGCCGCCAGGUGUUUCCCCCCAAGUCCUCCUCAGACUCGGAGGCAGAAGAGGAGUUCUCUGCGGACCGGCUGCCUCUGCCCAGGGCCGGCCGACUGGCUGAGUUCCUUGGUUCUGAGGAGGAGACAGGGUCUACCUGGGACUCUUCAGAGAGCUUGCGGGAGAAGCCCCAGGUGCUCGGGCAUGAAGGCAGGUGCCGUCUGCUGGAGUCUCUCUUUCCGUCGGACCCAGACAGUGACGAGCACCCCUCUGAAGAUGACGAAGACCUGGAUGGCUUCCUCCAAGACCAGGGCAAGGACCAGCAGCCUGUGGUGCAGCCUCUGUCUCCCAGGUAUGGCACCACGAGGCGCUGUAGCUCCCUGGGCAGCCUCCCCUUGGACAGGGCCAGCACCAGCUCUCAGCUCCAGCCAGCCCAGGGCUCCAGGCCUCCAUCCCAGCACAGGAGCAUCAGUGCCUGGGCCUCGUCCAUCACGGUCCCUCGGCCAUUCCGCAUGACGCUACGCGAGGCCCGCAAGAAGGCACAGCGGCUGGCAUCCCCCACCUCCUUCGAGCAAGGGAGGCGGCAGGGCCAGGAGGAGGCCGAGUGUCAGCGACAGUUCCGGGCGCAGCCCGUGCCUGCGCACGUCUACCUGCCCCUCUACCAGGAGCUGGUGGCACGCAGUGAAGCACGCAGGCAGGCGGGGAUCCAGGAGAGGAAGGAGCUGCUGCUGUCCUCCCUGAAGCCCUUCAGCUUCCUGCAGAAGGAAGAGCAACGGAAGGAAGCUGCCAGACACCAAGACACGGCUGCCACAGCCAAGGCCAAGGCCACCAAGCAGAAGGCGGCCAGGAGGAUCCCCAAGUCCAUUCUCGAGCCCGCCCUUGGGGAUAAACUCCAGGAGGCCGAGCUGCUCAGGAAAAUCCGCAUCCAGAUGCGUGCCCUGGACACCCUCCAAAUGGCCUCCUCCCCGAUCCCAGCCCCAAGCAGCGGGGCUGAGCCCCGGCCCCGAACAGCUGCGCGGACCCAGGAAAGAAAGCUGGCCUUUCUGCAGGCUGAUUUUGGGUUCCAGCCCCGGGUGAACCCCUCAGUCCCCGACUACGAGGGCCUUUACAGGGCCUUCCAGAGGAGAGCGGCCAGGGGAUGGCAGAGCCGCGAGGCCACGCGCAGCCAGCCCUUCUCGCUGAGGACUGCCAACCUGCGACACAGCCAGCGGCCCUGUGCCACUGCCACCAGUGCCGCCACCGCAGGGAAGAGGGAUUCCCCGCGGCCACCAGCCACACCCCUGCCAAGGAGUCGUUCUCUGAGUGGCCUGGCUGCCCUCUCGGCCAACACUCUGCCCGUGCACAUCACGGAUGCCACCAGGAAGCGGGAGUUGGCUGUCAGAAAUUCACUGGAAAAAAAGGACAGAGCUGAUGAGGGCCUCCAGUGGUUGGAGAUGCACAAGAAGAACUGUCAAGCCAUGUCUAAAUCUGUGACCCUGCGUGCCAAAGCCAUGGAUCCCCACAGGAGCCUGGAGGAAGUGUUCAAAGCAAAGCUGAAAGAGAACCGGAACAAUGACCGUAAAAGAACAAAAGAGUAUAAGAGAGAAUUGGAGGAAAUGAAGAGGAGAAUACAGACACGCCCCUACCUCUUUGAACAAGUCACAAAGAACAUUGCCAGAAAAGCAGCCGAACAACGGUAUCAAGAUGCCCUGAAACAGGUCGGGCUAGAGGAAGACUUCGUGAAGAACAAGGGCCAGGACUGCAAGAUGGUACAAGGGGAGGAAGUCCAUGCCAAGGAGUUGCCUAGGUAUCAUGAAAUUACAGAGCUUGGCACCAGAGAGCCACAGCAGGAUCCUGAGGACUCUCCGGGCUGGCCUACCCAUCCCCAGGAGGAACUGGAGGGGCUGAAUUAUGAGUACCCAGACAAUCUCAAACCACUUGCUUAAUCAAUACACUCAAACGAAACCUCUGAACAAAUGGAAAUAGCAGGUGACAGAAUAGUCAGAGGGUAGAGGGAUCGUAACCAAGUUAGGGUUCCUGCUCUCUAGGUUCCAUGGGGAACACACGCACAGGGAGGAGGUUAGUCAGGAAACACACACCAG